CUACUUUGCCUGUUGAUCUGUGGGUCAGUCUACUUAGUGGAUGUGUGCUUCUGCUCCCAGAACUCUGUUCCUCUCUGGAGUUGGAGUAAGAACAGCGAGAUGACUCCAGCCCGUCCUCACUCCUUGUGUCUUCUUAUACUUUAUUUGACGGUGGGAAAUGGCCAAGACGGGAAAUUUAGUGGACCCCUGAAGCCCAUGACAUUUCCCAUUUACGAAGGCCAAGAACAAAGUCAAGUCAUAUUCCAGAUUUCAGCUCUGGAUGCCCAGGGAGUGACGGUGGAGGGUCCUGUCCCCAUCAUCAUAGAAGUGAAAGAUAUCAACGACAAUCGCCCCAUGUUUUCCCAGGCAAAGUACGAAGGCUCAGUGAGGCAGAACUCUCGUCCAGGAAAGCCUUUCAUGUCUGUCAAUGCUACAGACCUGGAUGAUCCAGCCACUCCUAACGGCCAGCUUUUUUAUCAAAUCGUCAUCCAGCUCCCCAAGGUCGACGAUGUUAUGUACUUUCAGAUCAACAACAAAACAGGAGAAAUAUCACUUACCCUACAAGGGGCAAGGGAACUGGAUCCUGUGAAGAAUCCUUCAUAUAGUCUGGUGGUCUCAGUAAAGGACAUGGGAGGCCAGAGUGAGAACUCCUUCAGUGACACUACAUCUGUGGAUAUUACAGUGAAGGAGAAUAUUUGGAAAGCCCCAGACCCUGUGGAGAUUAUGGAAAACUCAACUGAUCCUCACCCCGUGAAAAUCACUCAGGUGCAGUGGAAUGAGCCCGGCGCACACUAUGCCUUGGUGGAAAAGGAGAAGCUUCCAAGGUUCCCCUUUUCAAUUGACCAGAAGGGAGAUAUUUAUGUGACUCAGCCCUUGGACCGAGAACAAAAGGAUUCGUAUGUUUUUUAUGCAGUUGCAAAGGAUGAGUAUGGAAACCCACUUUCGUACCCCCUGCAAAUCCAUGUGAAAGUCCAAGAUGUUAAUGACAACCCACCGUCGUGUCCCUCUGCAGUGACUGUAUUUGAGGUCCAGGAGAACGAAGUACUGGGGAGCAGUAUUGGUGUCUUUAUCGCCCAUGAUCUGGAUGAAAUAAACACCAUCAACAGUAUCUUAAAGUACAAAAUUGUGGAGCAAACCCCCAAACUUCCCAUGGAUGGACUCUUUCUGGUUGAAGAAUACGAGGGAAAGGUCCAGUUAGCUAGACAGUCCUUGAAGAAGCAAGAUGCUCCUCAGUACAACUUAACAAUGGAGGUGUCUGACAAAGAUUUCAAGACACUUUGUGCUAUAGAGAUCAACGUUAUUGAUAUCAACGAUCAGAUUCCCAUCUUUGAAAAAUCAGAUUAUGGAAACCUGUCUCUUCCUGAAGACACAGCUGUUGGGUCCCAAAUCUUAACCAUCCUAGCCACAGAUGCUGAUGAGCCAUUUACUGGGAGUUCUAAAAUCCUGUACCGGAUUACACAGGGGGACAAGGAGGGAAGACUGGGGAUUGAUACAGAUCUCCGCACUAAUGCAGGAUAUGUCACAAUUAAAAAGCCUCUUGAUUUUGAAACAGCAGCUAUUUCCAAAAUUGUGGUCCACGCAGAAAACCCUGAGCCUCUGGUAUCCGGUGUCACAUACAACGCGAGUUCUUUUGCCACCUUCACUCUUUUUGUGAGGGAUGUGAAUGAAGCGCCUGCGUUUACCCAACACAUCUUCCAGGCGGAAGUCAGUGAGGAUGUGGCUGUGGGCACCAAAGUGGGCAACGUGACUGCCUGGGACCCCGAAGGUCUGGAGAUAAGAUAUUCCCUGAGAGGCGACACAAGAGGUUGGCUUAGAAUUGACCGCAUCACCGGUGAAAUCUUUAGUGCAGCUCCAUUGGACAGGGAAACUGAGAGUGUGUACCGGGUACAAGUGGUGGCCACUGAAGUAGGUGGCUCCUCCCUGAGCUCUAUCGCGUUCUUCCACCUGAUCCUCAAGGAUGUGAAUGACAAUCCCCCGCGGCUGGCCAGGGACUACACAGGCUUGUUCUUCUGCUACCCCCUCACGGCCCCGGGAAGUCUGGUGUUUGAGGCCACGGAUGACGACCAGCGGACAUUGCGGGGUUUCCACUUCACAUUCGCCCUCGGCAGUCAAAGUUUACAGAACGACUGGGAAGUUUCCAAAAUCAAUGGCACAUUUGCUAGGCUUUCCACCAAGCACACAGGCUUCGAGGAGAGAGCUUAUGAAAUCCCAAUCCACAUCAGUGAUGGGGGUCGGCCACCCUUGGAAGGAACAGUCAACUUACCAGUUACCUUUUGCACCUGUGUGGAAGGAAGCUGCUUCCGGCCGGCAGGGAGACAGGAUGGAAUACCCACUGUGGGUAUGGCGGUCGGUAUCCUCCUGACUACUUUUCUCGUCAUUGGUAUAAUUUUAGCGGUUGUGUUUAUUCGCAUCAAGAAUAAGAAAGACAAAGAAAAUGUUGAAAAUGCUCAGGCCUCUGAAGUUAAACCCCUGAGAAGCUGAAUUUGAAAAGGAAUGUUUGAGUUUAUACUGCAUUAAGUGCUAUUUCAAUGACACAACUGUUUAAUCUCAUAAUUUUAGUUUUCAUCCAACAUGUACGCUAUAAUUUUUUACAGAUAUUCCCUCUUGCCCUUUAAUAUUUUACUCUUAGAUGUUUCAUGUGCUAUAGACAUUAGAAAUACUUUCCAUUUUCCCAUGACAUUUUCCCCCUCUGUAAAGCCUCAGCUAGUUAACUCAAACUAAAAUUGUAUGUGUUCUCCCCCCUUAGGGAAAAGACAAGCUAAUUAAAUAUUCCACACAUUUUUUUUUUGCUUCACCAAGGAGAGUUAUCAGUUAUCCAUUAUAGAACUUUCUGGAUUCCAUGAAUACUUUCUCUUAUUCCAUCCUUUGUCCACAUCUCUUUUUACUGAACUAUGAAAGAACAAAGCGAGGUCUUAGGAAGACAUGAAAGAGCAGCUUUGACCCUUAGUGUGAACAGAAACUCUUCUGUGUUAUUCACUGUCCUUAACCCAAAGUGGCCUAGAGCCCUAGAAGACACCCAGCACAGUGGCUCUGUUGCCAUAGAGGUCUACUUCAUACACCUGGGUGCGGGAGCAACCAGCUGGGUUUACUCAUUCCCUACCAUGCUUACAUGCUGCGCAUGUUUUCUUUAUUUGUAUGUUAAUAAAGUUUUGGUUAUUAUAUAUUUAACAUGUGAAAGAAAAUAAGGAUGAAAGUGGCACCAAAAAUCAAG